CCCAUAGGAAACAGUUCUGUAGUAGCAUUUACCGCCCAAUGGGCUCAACCCACUGAUGAGAGCGCGAGCUCAGCGCUUGUUCUUCAUCUUCAUCAAAGCUCGAGCGCAGCGUGCGACACUUCAGGGGUGACGGACUCUAAAACGAUGGAUUACAAACUCUGAAUUUAGUUACCAAUAACAAGUUAUCGUUAUUCAUGCUGGUCAUUUUGAACGUCAUAUUCUGACGCACUCAUAACUUUUUUUUUCUUAGCAGAAUACCCUAAAAAUAUCUUUACUCUGACAUAAGCGCAAUGUUCGUUUACCAUUAACGGCGCAAUAUAGAUUUGAAGUUUGUAACUUUCUUUUGUUGCUGAAAACUCUUUUAAACAAUGGACUUAAUAUACUGUAAAGUCCUACUGACUCUCCUGAGCGUAUUUCAGUUCUUUCAGGUUCGUAGUGACACUGUAUCACCGUCAAAUCAUCCAGGCCUGCAGGUGCUGGCCACGGCUUCACACUACUGGCCCCUGGAUGCAGUGGAAGGGAUCCACGGUCUUUCGGACCAGAUUGGGAACAGAACAGGUCAUGUUAAUGGACUGAGAUAACUGUCAGAAUCCACAACCACACUGUCCUGACUACCCAUAAUUCUUCUUCUGUGUAUACCAAUGACUCUGCCUACACUAACAUUUCUGCCACUGUAGACAUUGUAGAAGGAAUGGUGAAUAAGGGCAUCUAUCUGAACGGUGAUAAUGGGGCCACUUUCCUUCACUUUGGCAACUAUAAGGACUCCUGCAUAAGUGAUCCUACUCUGUGCGGACCUGCUGGGAUAACGUUCUCCUUCUUCUGGAAAAACAAUGAGGUAGAGUCUCGUUUUGCGAUUGCAUCCGGAGGUAAAGUCGUCUCAAGCGGUUUCUCUGUCUACUCCAACCCUCAUGGUGAAUACGUGGAGUUCUACACGAGAGGAGACUCCAAGACAUGGAAAGCACAAAUCAAUCUCCCAGGGCCCUACUGGACACACGUGCUCUUCACAUGGACCCAAACGGAGGGGUUAAAGGUCUACAUUAAUGGAACAUUCAGCAAAGGAGACCCCACAGGAAGUGUUUCCCAUAACUAUGGUGAUCCCUAUGCCGAUCUGGUCAUUGGCACAGGAAACACUGGGAGUUACGGCCACUAUGCCACAGGUGCCUUCGAUGAGUUUGUGAUUUGGGAGAGGGCCCUGUCCCCUCAGGAUGUCUGGAUGUACUACAAAGCAGCAACUAGUCAGAAUGCGAUGUCCACCUUCCCAACCGAAGCAUCCAUUAGUGUCACUGCUGUGACAGAUUCUCAGUUUCAGAGAACCACAGAGAUGCCCCGACCUGCCUCCACAAACCUGACAGAGGAAGUUCAGAGACUUCAGGAACCCAUGCAGUUACAAGUGCUGGACUUCCUUCAGUCUUUAUCGUUUAACCUUCCAAACAAGACUAUACCUCAGGAAACAGCCAACAACCUUACACAGUCUCUACUGAAGAGUGUGGAUGAGGUCAUUACUGCCAGCGACUGGAGAGAAAACGAUGAGUUGAGUCCUGUGGUCAAUGGGCUGGUAGAGACUGUGGAUAAGGUGAUGCUGCAAAUGGCCUCCAAGCUUCGGUCCAGCCCAGACUCAGAGGCUCCUCUGGCCAUAGGGGGCAAGAGUUCUGUGGCAGAUUACUCUCUGAUGAAGAUCCCACAGAACUACAAUCUGGCCAGCUACCGGUUCCCCACACAAGGGAAGAGUUACAUCUCAGUACCAGGAGAGGCCCUUACAAUGCAGUCUCAGACCACGAUCGUGGGACUUUUCUACCACAAAAUGCACAACUACUACAAAAAAAUCAGCCCUCAACAAACAAGGAUAAAUGAGGCGGUGGAUUAUAAAGAUCAUAAGAUCCAGAUGGCCAGUCACCUUAUUUCUCUGAAGGUGGAGCCAUCUCCUGCCCUGUCACUCAACCUGUCCACUGAACCGCUCAUCCGAAUCGUCCUCACCCAUCAGCUGAGUAAAGAACAGCAGCUCCUGGCCUUAAACCAAAGUAAUAAAGUGUUCCUGUAUUGCGCUUUCCUGGACUACAGCUCCAAGGAAGGUGUGUGGUCUAAUGAGGGGUGUGUGAGAUCUGAUGGAAACCUGUCCUUCUCCAUUUGCUUGUGUAACCAUCUGACAAACUUCGCCAUCCUUAUGCAAGUGGUUCCCAUGGAGCUCUCAAAGGCCCACAAGGUGGCGCUGUCCGCUAUUAGUUACAUUGGCUGCUCUAUCUCUAUUUUCUGCCUGGCAAUUACACUGGUGACCUUUGCCGUGUUGUCGUCCGUUAGCACCAUCCGUAACCAGCGUUACCAUAUUCAUGCCAACUUGGCAUUUGCCAUCUUGGUUGCUCAGAUCCUUCUGCUCAUCAGUUUCCGCUUCAGUACCGGCACGCUCCCAUGUAAGAUCAUGGCUGUGUUGCUGCAUUUCUUCUUCCUCUGUGCGUUCGCCUGGAUGCUGGUGGAAGGGCUGCAUCUCUACAGCAUGGUGAUCAAGGUGUUCAGCUCGGAGGGCAGCAAACACUUCUAUUACUAUGCCAUCGGAUGGGGAUGCCCUCUGGUCAUUUGUGUGGUGUCUAUGACCUUGUCACUCAACAGCUAUGGAGAGGCUGGCAAUUGCUGGCUGUCCCUGAAUAAUGGGGCGAUUUGGGCUUUUGUAGCCCCUGCUCUGUUUGUUAUAAUGGUGAACAUUGGCAUUUUGGUAGCCGUGACGCGAAUCAUAUCCAGGAUCAGCGCUGAGAACUAUAAGGUUCACGGAGACGCCAACUCUGUGAAGUUGACGACCAAAGCGGUGGCGGUACUCUUGCCCAUCCUGGGCAUAUCAUGGAUCUUCGGGGUUCUGGCAGUGAAUGACCACUCCCUGCUUUUCCAGUACAUGUUUGCAGUGUUUAACUCUCUACAGGGGUUCUUCAUAUUCCUGUUCCACUGUCUGUUAAACUCUGAGGUCAGGGCUGCUUUCAAACACAAAACCAAAGUGUGGACUUUAACCAGCAGCUCAAUCCGCAACAUCAACGUCAAACCUUUCAACUCAGACAUCAUGAACGGCAACAAAGGAGGUGUGUCUCCCACAAAGAUGAACACAUGGGACAAAAGCACCAACUCAGCCAACCGCAUAGAUUUGUCAGCAGUAUAAUGGCUUCUGAUGAGGAAAACAGCGUAGCAAUUCCUGUAGAAGAUGCGCUGUGCUAUAUCGCAUUUUAAAAGGACUUCCAAUGGUGAAAUGGCUACAAACACUUGCAGCUAAUAGUAGAAUAGUUCACUCACAACACAAAGAUCUCUGAUGUCAUUUGCUCCUGCUGAUGAUCUCUCUAUUACAAACAUUGGAUGAAGACACAAGGCCCGUUGUUGUGAUGAAGGAGUGUAUGACUUUUUCAUCAUUUGCUAAUAAUGUGGCCUGCUGAGGACUCUGAAUUCAACAACUUACUCUCACAGACAGGAGACUCCCCUACUUGCUCUGCUUGUUUGGAUAACUCACUAGAUCUGUGCUACAUUUGGACCACUGUCUGGACGUCCUUUAAAGAGAGGAAUCAUCAAGAACAAGUCUGGUGUGUCUCAACUUUAGCAAAAAAGUGAAGUAGCAGCUUUUAUUAAUUCCUGUCCAUCUGGCACUACAAUUCCCGCUAUUGCUUUUAAUUAGACCUGGAAGAGAAAUACAAUACUGUCGAAAUUUGCUGGAGUUCUUCCUUAUCAUUGUGACGUUUUUCUUAUUUUUAUCCCGUAGUAUUGUAAAUGGCACUUUUUAACCAAAUAGGGUUCAAACGGGGACUGAAAAAUUAGGGUUAGGGUUUUUCAACAGGAGGUCAGUGAAAAGUGAUAAAUACACAAAAUGUUGGUGGUCAACCUCAGGAGGUCAAUCUGAAUACUAUAUGAGCUGUAUUUUCUAAAUAUUUGUAUGUGAAGUUUGCCGUUUUUGCAAUCCUGUUACCGAGACUAGCAAUGAUCAUCAAUGUUAGAUGACAAAAUGUGUAUAUAUAUAUAUAUAUAUAUAUAUAUAUAUAUGCAUGUGUAUGUAAGGAAUGUAAUAAUGUGAUAACAGGGUUGCACACAAAUUGUGAUUAACAUGAAUGAUUAAAUUCUGUUAAUGGGUCAUUGACAAAUAAGGUCUUUAAAAGUGUAAAAAAAAACAUAAUGGAGAUAUCAUUAAUUUUGAAGUUUUAUUAAGUAUUAACAAUGAGAUUAUGUGGUUCAUAUAAUCAAUU